GGGAAAGCACGUGUUUCAAAUAAUCAUACUUAUCGUAAUUAUUGCGAAGUUACCUCGACAGUUUGCUGUCAGGCAGUGUUUAUACUUCUAAUGGAUUCCAGUGGAAAUGUGGUUUCCAGUGCUGUUGGAUUUUCAUAGUGACAGGAACAUCUUUUUGUGUACAUAGGGAUUAUUGAAGCUGUUUCGAGUAAAAAUGCUGAAGUGGACGGUAUAUGGCAGGAAGAACCAAGAGGUUCAAGUCGCUAAUGAUGACGAUGACCCAUACAGGCCCAGGGCGUACGAUGAGAAAACUAGAAGGUCUUUAGAUGCACAGACGGUGAAAAAAAGUAAAAAGCCGACCAGAUAUCAACGGAGAUCAUUAGGGGCUGCCGCUCGGAAAAAUAAUUGCAGAAAUAUAGAUAAAGAAAAUUUUAAUUGCGUUGGCAACACUCCGAAUCAUUUCAGAGACGGCUUUGUUAAGAAAAUUGAAAACCUUGCAUUAAAAGAUGUGAGUAACAUAACACCUACGUCAGUUACUCCUAGUUUAGAUAAGCGAAACUUUUCUCGAAAUACGAAUAAGGAUGACUUACCGACAGAUUUACCUCCAACUCCACCUACUUAUAGUAGAAGAGUGAGAGAAGCGAAGAAAAGAAAGCUAGAAAUGACCAGUUGUAAUAACAAUGUGGUAUUUGCUAGAAAUAGUUCUAUUUACAAAUCAGAAAGGAGACUGAAGCAGGACAGAAGUUUGAUAGCGUCUCCCAAACUCAGCCAUAGCGUCUCGGAGCCAUCUCUGAAAGAAUUAUCUGAUCGAUUAAGUUCAUCUUCGGAAAGUAAUAGAAGCUCGUUAGUAAUUUCGAAGCAGUCUCAUAUAAAGAAGCCAGUUAGCACAACAGUAACAGCCAGCGAGGGCUUGGUGGAAAUUGAGUAUGAUAAAGAUUUAAUCAUAAAUUGUAUAGAGAAGCCAUUGUUUGUUGAUAAAACUAAGUUAGAAAAAUCUACGCUACCAAUUUUUGGCCACCGUUUAUUUACUGAUAAUCCUGUAUAUUUUAACAAACAUGAGAAUGGUGCUCCAAACAUUAGGCCCUUGAAGCGAACAAGAAAAAAGUCUAACGAAUUUGAGAGUUCAUUCAAGUCACCAACCAUAGAUAAAAGAGAUGUGCACGCUUUGGUUAGAGAUGGUUGUUCACCAGUUUCGAUAACUCCUCUUUCACUUAAAUUAGCUGCUUUAAGAUUCAGUACUAUGAGCACUCACACGAGAUCCCAACGAGUUUCUGGGAAUAAUGAUAUUACCGAAUAUUUUCCAAAACAAAAUCCUUUCACAGUGCCUUUCAGAGACGAAGAAAGUGCGACUGAAAUGGAAAAUAAAUUUAUAUUAGGCAAAGAUUCUAUUGCCAGUAUAUCUGAGUCUACGGUUUCUACUACUCAAAUGGGUGAUAUCACUUUAGAGAAAAUGAUUGAGGACAUUAUCAAAAGUACUAAAAUCGUAAAAUCUAAACGAAGAAUAUUAAACAAAAUUUCAGAUACUGAUGAUAUUAAAGAAGAAGAAAUUCCUUCACUUGAAGCUGUAAAGGAUCUUUUCGUGAAACCAAAACCGGAAAUUAAAUCUAAUGUAAUUAAAGAAGCGCGGUAUGUAAACUUAUCUAGAGAAAGUUCCAUGUCCCCUCAAACAACUCCAAUCAAAAAGAGAACUCCCUUACACAAAGCUAAUGAAAAAUUAUUGAAAAACGUUCCCAUUGGUGGGUUUAUUUUAGACGAUGGUGAUGGUUAUAAUGAAAGAGAAGUAAGAACUCCUGACAAACAUUCAACUACCGGAAAUGAUAUUAAUUCAAUCGACGAUAUUGCUGUUUUGACUAGAUCAAAGUCGAUGACAUCAAGAACGCCAGGAAAAAGCAUUCUGCAGCAAACUGAAUCUGCUUCAACUCCAGAUUUAUAUUCCGUAUUGAACGAAUGUAGAAAUAAUAGAUUAAGAAGACAAAAAUGUAUCCGUAGAAAAAAGUCAACAGUCAGUAAUGAAAGUCUUUGGAAACAAAAGGCAAUGGAACAUAAAUCCUCGCUAGUUCUAGCUUUAGAAAUGGGUAUACCAAGUCCAGCACUGGAGCUUCAAAAUACCUCACUAUGCCAGCCAUUAGAAAAUCCCGAAAGUGAAUUCGCGUGUGUUAAUAAUUCAUUAAGGUCUAACGUAUCACACAGCAGUUUAAAAGUUUGUGAACCAAUUCAAAAUAAAAAAUCGAGGGAGCUUUUUGGAUUGACGCUUGAAAAUGGCAUUCCCAGUCCGAUAACUCCUGUAACAAAUCUGAAACGCACUAGUAACGUUUUGAGUGAAGAAAGAGUACAUAAGACAAGUAAAUUAGGAGAAGAAUUAUUACCAAGUAAUGCUAUAACUCCAGUUAUAGAACAUAAAACCUCCAGACGCUGUCUUACAUAUUCGCCAGAAGAGAGUAGCAUAAACAGUAAUGAAGAAAAACGUCGUAGUGUUGUUAGUAACCGAUUAGAAAGAAGCGCUGAUAGGUUCCAAGCCCUCAAAGGAACGAUCGAUUUAGAAGUAAUUACCAAGAAUGAUACAAUAGACGUGCACGUCAUACGCUGUCGAGACCUGCAACGAGCUUCAGGAAAAGUGGAUGAUAUAAAUGCUUAUGCAAAGGUUGUGAUAAGUGGUGUAACCGAAGACCAGUCUUUGCCAUCUCAACGAUCAAUAUUUCAAAGGACCUCAGUGCUGUAUGGCAAAAGGGAGCCAGAGUUUCAGCGCCAUCUGAAGUUGCCGCUGCCCAGUACUAUCUACGACCAUCAAAUGCUGCAUAUAUCCGUUUGGCAUAGAGACAAGAAGUACAGGCGGAGCGAGUUUCUAGGAUGUGUCUCGUUCCCUCUAAAAGAUGCUAUUAAGAGCGAACUCUCCGACACUUACUUCCUGCAAGGGCGGCAGGCGCCGGCUCCGGACCGCGUGACCGAGCGACGCAAGAUGGCAACCGAUAAUAUAGAGACUAGUACCAACGAAGGUGCAAAGGAAAACACGGAUAAAGGCGUAUCAUCCAACGGCCCAUCCAAUCAAGCCCAGGUGGCAGCAGCACUGCAGCGUGAGGCUGAUGAGCAUCUAUUCUUACGGUAUUUGGAGCUUGACCCACCCGAAGAUACCGCGGCCCCGAGACGCCCUCAAAGAAAUGGACGGACGCCUUUCACAACUACUAGGAAGCUGAUGCGUGGUUCAAACGGCGGUUUCGGAUUCACAGUAGUUUGGACAAGACCACCAAGAGUUGAAAGGGUUGCGGCUGGCGGGUCGGCGGAAAGAGCAGGUCUUAGGGCCGGCGACUACAUAGUAUUUGUUGGUAACAAGAACGUAGUCACCGCUACCGAAGAGGAAGUUCGAAAUCUUGUAAAGUCAGCUGGUCAAAAUCUAAAUUUAGAAACAUUCCGUCGGGUACCUCAGAACGGUGCUGGGGUCAAAUCACGACUGGCUCAAGUCACGAUACCAGUGCCGGAAUCUACUCCUCCACCAGCCCCCCGGUCUCCUCGAGCAGUAGCCCUGGCGUCCCCAGCGGCAGCACGACCACCAACAGCAUGCUCCUCCACCAGCCAAUCCUUGGAUAGACGCAAGCUCCACCUGCCGCAGGUCACCUUCUCCAAGGAGGCUCCAGGUAUGACAGUAGAUGGACGGAAACGAGCUCUUUUGGCGGUAGUCUCAAGAGAACAACAUUAUGCAACAUCUCUCCAGUUUGGAUUGGUUCGGUUCGUUUCACCUCUUGCUGAGAGAGCCGACCUCAUAGCUCCCAGCGAUCAUCAAUUACUGUUUCAAAAUAUUGAGGAGAUAUUUAGGCUGUCAGAAGAUAUCUUGGACCAAAUCGUCCAAGACGAUGGUGAAAUACAAACAUCUACGGUCGUUGCUGUUUAUUUACAAAAGACUUCAAUGUUUCUUAGCUUUUACAAAAAAUAUUGUCUUGGUCUAAAAAGAGCUGAUUGUGUAUUGGUCAAGAAAUCGAAAGACCCAAGUGGUGCAUUUUCUCGUUUUUGUACAAGUCCGCCAAUACCACGAAAACGACCAGACAUCACCUCAUUAGUUCAUAAACCACUGGAACAAUUCAGGGAACUUCUUAGGUUAAUGAGAACAGCUGCUAGUAGUAGUGGAGCCGGACCAUACGAUCAACUAGAGAAAAAACAACUUCAGCUUAUCGUAGAACAGCUGCAGUCUGGCUACCAAGAUGUCACUGCAGGUUCAGGUUUAAUGGGUCUUGCUGGUGAUGGAAAACCUUUACUAUCUGUUGCUGAUCUCGAAAGUAGACUCGUGUUCACUAGAUGUAAGCCAUUCGUUCUAAGUACGGCAGGAAGACAAUGGAUAUUUGGGGGAGAACUAUCUCGUGUGGAAGGUAGAACAAUUCGGCCAUACUGGGCAUUGCUCUUUACAGACUUACUUCUUUUUGCCACAGUGUCACGUGAUCGAGUUUUGUUUGUAACGGAAGAGCCAGUUGCUUUAGGGACUGUGUCAGAAGCUCAGUUUAAUGUGAGAAAAAAAGCCACCGAGUUUCGUCUAAUCUUAGGACGAGCUGGUGGUGAAAGCCCACUAGUAUCGUGCGCUCCAAGAACUCCUGCUCGAUCAAGACCUAUCGUUUUGCGCGCUCCGUCCAUCGAUCUAAAGGCUGUUUGGCAGAGUUUGCUGCAAAGGCAAAUUUACCGAGCACAUACGACAUCCGGAACGCCCCUUGGGUCCCCACUUGACUCGCCCGAUCCUCAGUUGACCUUCAGUCUUGCGACCCUCGAUUCCCAACAACGACAGACACGGCGCAGUUCAGCGGAAACCCAGACGGGCGGUGGUGGGAGUGGGAUAGAAAUUACCAGGAGUAAUAGAAGCCGAGGGUCAACUAUACACUUACAACGUUGGAUGACACAACUUGCUGAAGCUGAAGAGUUAGACCCUCCUGAACCAGACAUGGAGAUGUGGAGUGUUGAAGAACUGAGGAAACGCUCGAAGGAACUAAAUCUUUUAGACGUAGCUGAUAUUAUUCAAAAUAAUAUUGAAAUAAAAGACAGGACCACAAAUACGACUCCAAGCAAAGAAGAAAAAAAGGAAAACGAUCGAAGUCCUUCGAAAAGUAGUAAUUCGGGGAGUCAAAUUACCGUACGAACGAGUCCUGUAGUAGUAGACACAAUCCCCGUUUGUAGACAGUGUCAUAAAAAGUGUCUAUCAAAACCAAAUAGUCCACUGGUUUCCCAAAAAGAACCACCAGUACCUCCUAAACCAAAAGCUGAAGCUUCCCCUCAGAGCUCUGUGUCAAAAAGUACCACUAACACAUGUAGUGCACAUUGUGGUAAUCGUAAGCAAAAACAUUUUACUCAUUUAGAACGGAAAGGUGCUAUCAGAAUACGUCCUGAAGAUGCCCCUAAGGCAGCGUUAAAAGUUAUAGAUUCAAUAGAACAAAGUCAAAGAAUGCUCAAAUCGAAGUCUUACGACUUAAAAACCGAUUCUCCUGUAUUAAAUAGGGGCAUUACGAGAAGCCACACAAAAAGCCACUUAGAAUUAAGAAAGGAACACUCAAUCACAUCACCCAGUCCAACUUCUAGUAGUAGGAAUAGUCCACUAUCUACUAGCCACACAACAUGUAGUUCAAUGGUAUUCAAUUCUAGUUCAAAUGAUUUACGAACGUCUAAUUCCAACAUAGCAAACCAAGUUCAAUGUGUCAUAGCACAGGAAAAAUAUUUGAAUGAAAUUAAAUGUGUGGAGAGCAUAACAUUAUCAAAACCCAAAUCUCUGACAUAUCCAUCACCUUCAACAUUAAGAAAAGACGAAAUCACAAGACAAAAGGCUGAAACAGUGCUCAAUAAAGUGUUGGGCAUGAACAUUAUUACCAGGAGAGAAAAUAUCGGUACUUGUCUCAAAACCUCGUCUGUUUUUCUAGAUGACGAUUCGAUACACGAAGACGACAAUGACUUUAGAAUAGAAAGAGGUUUACGACGAUCACCCAGAAUGGGAAUAUCGGCAGUUAGUAAAAUGAAUGGUGAUAUUAGUACGAAAACAGAAUUUAAUGAAGAUCUAAAUGCUAACAACACCGGUGAUGUCCUAUCAGAUGAAGAUUCAGAACUCGGCCCCCUCAUGUUGAUGGGUCUUUCUGCAAUAAAUCCAGCGGCGCAUCUGAUGCGCGUUGAACCUUUUAAGAAAUCACCAAGCAUUGUAACAAAAAAAACGAGUUCUAGACCUGAAAGUUUAGGUUCAAUUAAAUCGGAAUCACCUGUACCUAAUAUCUCUGUGGUUCCACCGACACCAGAUUAUAACUCAACAAAAAAGACUGAUGAUCUUAUAGAUGAAUCCCCCGACUCCCCAGAUGUACCUGAAGAUUUGCCUUAUGUUUCGCUUAAAAGAUAUGGCACCAUGUCCAGCCUCGAAAGACUGCCAUCCGAUGAAACUGAUGAUGGCAGUGUAAGACUGACCUCACAAGAACCAGAAUCAACAAAAACAUAUAACAGUGUUACGAGUGCUGCUGGCGGUAUUAUGGGCUGGACAGCACGAGCUGGAUCAUUCGUUGUUGAAAAAAUAAACAUUUUUAGUCACACGGAAAGCGUACCAAACACAUCCAUAGCCCACAAACAGCCAUCUUUCCUGGAACGGUGUCUUGGUGUGGGAGAUUGGAAGUCAGCACUUGGAACGGAGGAUGGAACCGUAGAGACGGGGGAAGGCAGUGGUGCGAGUGGGGAGGAGGCAUGGGGUACACCAUCAUCCGGAGAUCUCUCCGACAAUCUCCCAGACUCUGAACAUGGCACACUCUCUUCUCCGACAAAGUCCUCGUCGUCGUAUGCGGGAGAUGAUGAUACAGAAUUGAUGAUGGACGAGCUUCUGAUGGCACCAACUAUUACUGGGCCUACAACUUUAAGACCUCUUUUACCAAGGGAUGUAUUUAGAAGAAGACUGGAACCACUUCUUGAAGAAGAUGGCUCUGAUAGUGGUAGUGAAGAUAAUAAACCUACACCCACCAACUCUGAAGACCAGGGCAGCGAGCGUGGCCUCGAUGCUGACGUCUACUGCGACGCGCCGCACCGGCCGUCCUCUGCCUCAGAAACAGAAGCAGAGGACGGUGUGUGUGGCGCGGAGGUCGUGGGAGCUGCCGAGCACGCUGGUGGCGCCGCAUGCGACCUGAGUCCAGACCAGACCCCCACCAACGAGGCACCUUCGAUGCCCUUACAAUCUGUUUCAAGAGAGUAUGUGGAGCGAGCAUCUGUUGGCGGAGGUCGCCGGGGCUCAGCCAGUUCAGCCAGCACACCCUCCACACUCGAACGCACCACUAUCCACAACCCCACACCCCUACAUCAGCUGUCACCAGCUUCGGAGGCCCCAGCUGCAGCGGAGUCCCGCGAGGUGACGUCACCGGAGCGACUCAGCCCGCGCGCAGAGAUGCGCCUGGCGCUGGACCAAGGGAAGGACAUGCUGGCGGAACAGGAAGUGGCAUGGGGUGGCUCGCGCGACCCUUGGUCGUUUCGCGUGGCGUGCCAACGAUCGCUGGUGCGUCGCGUGGCGAGCGCGGACGCGGUCACACUGUGCCGCACCGCCCCAAAUACUACUUCGCGCAGUUCUGUAUAUGCUUGGAAAGCUCCAGAAACAGAAACGAAACUUAUGGAGAUGGAACAACUGGCACGAGCGGAAGCUCAGACGAUGCGUUCGCGGACGCGCUCUCAAUGCCAGAACGGGAAGAUCCUGGGUUUCCUCCGUCGCCGGGCGUCCUCUGACAGCCCUCACCGUGAGCCGUUCCUGUUGAGCUCGCGACCUUUCUCCCCGCGCCGGACCUCUGAGAAACAUUUCGAGAAACGUUUCUGGAAACAAGUGACCAGAAGACGUCAAUCUUGCGGCUCCAUCAGCCAAAUAUAAGAAUUGACAAAGACAAAGCCCCAAAACGAUAGUGUUCAUUUUCAAUAGAACCAGCCUGAUCUUUAGUAAUAUUAAGUUGAAUAUAGUGACAGUGUUGAUGGAAGGACCACGUGCUGGUAUUGUAGUUGUCUUAGUGUUAGUGGACUGAACGAAGACCGUUACAGUACAAGUGUAUGCCAAAAGUUUUGCUAGACGUGAAAGGAUUUGCCAAACGAAGACGGAAGGGACCUGUCGACAAACUUCAUAUCGUAGGUAGAAACCAUUUUAAUACUAUUGUAGAUAAAUAUUUAAGGCCUCAUUUAUACAAACUGUCAACGGUUUAGAUUCUUAAGCUAUUUCAUGUAUAUAUAGAUGGAAUCGAUAAGCUGUUCCAAAGGCUCUAUCUUUGUAUAAUUGUUCAGCUAAUUCCUGUAUCGCUGUCGACUAAUGAACAAUUAAUGUCUCAAACUUGUAUAUGUAUUAACUAAGUGAAUUUUUUCCGUGUUUUCAUGUGUUACUUUAAAAUGCUUGAAGUUUUAGAAUAUUUAAUAUCUGACGUCUAGACUUUAGUGUACGAUACGAAUUCCAGAUUCUGAUUUCCAUGUUGAAUACAGUUUUAGAUGAAUCAAUGACGAGUUUAUCUGAAACAUCUAAUAAUCGCCGAAUUUAUAUAUUGACGUACCCUUUGGUACACAAGUCGUCGUUCGUUUCUCGUUUUCAC